AUGGAGAGAUCUCCUGGGCGAGAAUACAAAGAUCAUUCUAGUGCCUCCCACGAUGAUAGUCAGAGAAACGGCUCGCAUCGCUCGCCUGACCCAUCGACAGAGCACAAUGGGUCUCAUGAUGAUCGGAAGCGCAACCUCGGCGAGAACGGGGCACCAGACACCGAUCAGCAACAGCAGUCAUCGGGCCCAAUGAGCAAGCGCAGACGGAUGCAAGAACGACACCAAGCUCGCAGACGUGGUCGCACACCUCCACCUUCGGUCUUCUCCCGACGUGAUCGCUCUCGCAGUCCCAACAGCAAUGCCGCCAAUCGCGAUGACUACUCGAGACGCUCUCGAUCGCCUCUUCCGCCUCGUUCCCCAGACCCCCAGGAGCCCCCCAAGCAACGAAAGCGGCCUGGUGGUGGAGCCCGGGCGGGCUUGCUUAAUCCCGAGCAAUUACGUCGUCGGCAAGAAGAGCGCGAGCGCGCCAUGGAGGAAGAUGCGAUGCGCACGUCGCGGGACCGCGGUGUCUCUGAUGUUGUUCGGCAGCAUUACAAUGCCGUUCCAGAACGAGGUCGAGAAUGGCGCAAGACAGAGAGCAAGAUCAAGGGACUACGAAGCUUCAACAACUGGGUCAAAAGCACUCUGAUCCAGAAGUUCUCACCCGACGAGGACUUUGUCGCCCGUUUCGAUGAUACCAAGGAAUGGGCCGAUGAAAGUCUUCGACCAGAUGCGGCUGAAGACAAGCAGCUCCUAGUGCUGGACCUGGGCUGUGGCAAGGGCGGUGACCUAGGCAAGUGGCAGCUUGCGCCGCAGAAGGUAGAGUUGUAUGUGGGUCUCGACCCUGCAAACAUCUCGGUUGAACAAGCUCGCGAUCGGUACGGGCAAAUGCGCUCUCGAGGCGGAGGUGGAGGUGGCCGUGGUCGACGUCCGCAGCCUCCCCUGUUUCACGCCGAAUUCGCGACCAAGGACUGUUUUGGCGAGUCAUUGGCCGACGUGGACAUCAUUCAGCGCGUCGGUAUUGACGCCAAUGCAGGGCCAGGGGGAAACUUGAUGGCGGCACGAUGGGGCGGUGGUGGGUUUGAUGUCGUAACAUCGAUGUUUGCCAUCCACUACGCUUUCGAAAGUGAGGAAAAGGCGCGUCAGAUGCUCAGCAACGUUGCCGGUUGUUUGAAAAAGGGCGGUCGGUUCAUCGGCGUGUGCCCCAACUCGGACGUGAUUACAAGCAAGGUCAGCGCCUUUCAUCAGAAACGCAAAGAGGCUGGGACCGCCAAACCUGCAGGGACUGAAGUCCCCGAGGAUGGUGAGGUGGAAGAGGAGGAACGAUGCGGAUGGGGCAACGAUAUCUACAGCGUUCGCUUCCCUGGCGAGACCCCUGAGAAUGGCGUGUUCCGCCCGCCAUUCGGAUGGAAGUAUACGUACUUCAUGUCCGAGGCAGUUGAAGGGGUCCCAGAAUACGUGGUCCCCUGGGAAGCAUUCCGAGCAUUGACCGAGGACUACAACCUGGAAUUGCAAUAUCGCAAGCCCUUUUUGGACAUCUGGGAGGAUGAGAAGAACGACCGCGAGCUCGGCCCGCUAAGUGAGCGGAUGGGAGUACGCGAUCGUCAUACUGGAGAACUGACGAUGACCGAGGAGGAGAAGGAUGCAGUCAGCUUCUACCAUGCCUUUUGUUUCUACAAGGUUUAA